AUGUCGUCGCAGGCCCCGGGGAGGUGUCCAACGGGGACCACCCAAUCCCAAGGGUCCAACCUGUCGAGAAACGACGACUCGGGCUCCGGAGCAGAGACACCGGCUCGCAGGCGUCUCCAGAAAGCCGCCUCAACCACCUUCCACAUGAAUACCUCGACCAAUUUCGAUUCGCAGCCUUCGAGGGGCGUAGCAGGCCCGCGCUCAGGGGAAAUGAGUAGGAGGAGACUGUCAAUUAGAGGUUCAAAGGCUCCUCAGGGGCCACGACCACAAGAUGCUUCGCGCUGGAGCAAACCCUCCGGCACCUAUUUUCACUCCGAAAAUUCCUCAAUCGACUCGACGAACGAUCCGACGUUGGGUUAUAAUCUCCGAUCUACAAGUGUGGGAAACUUGUCGAAAGCUGAACCCAGCCCAACCCAAGCCCCUCCGGAGGGCAUGGAAUUUCUGGCACCAAUCAACUUUGACGAUUUUCACAAUAGCAUCAUGGCCGAGCCCAGUCUAAAUCAUUUUCCUAUGCCUGGCAAUGGUGGUGCGGGGUCUGAAAAUCGGAACUCUGGUUUGUCGACAAACAGCUCCUGGACGAAUCAUAGUUACGAGAGCAAUAUCUCGGAGCGGACAAGGGGCGCUUCAUCUCGCCGAAAGAGCGAAGUCCACCGCUUAAAUGGCCAGAACCCUACGACCUCGGGGCUAUCAAUAACCUCUGCCAACUCCGGUGCUCGCCGCCAAAGUUUCGCCCAAAACCCCAGCGUACCCGGCGUAGCCGGCGCGAGUGCGCGAGCUUCACGGAAGUCUAUCAGCUCAGGGGCAUUUGGUCCUACGAAUGCUUCUGCGAGGCGUGCUAGCCUGAGCGCUCGCAAAGUCAGUACCGACACGACACGACUGGAUGCGAACAAUCUCCUCCGCCCAAGAGCUCAACAACCGGAGCAAGAUCCAGAUGAAACGAAAGUUCCGUCUUCUCUCCGAAGCCUCAAGGCAAAGUCUUUCCAGCCGUCUCCACGCGAGCCACGAAGUACAUUUUUGACUGCGGCCGGGACAACCGACCAUACACGCUCUUCUUCGACCAAUGCGGUUCGUACGCCGGUUAAGAACGCCCCUGCGGCCGCGAGCCUGACACCUUCCUCAUCAUCCAAGCGAAUGUCUGUCAUGCCCCACGCGACCGGCUUGGGCGCCCGCACCAUCAGCCCUACAGAUGCACGCCGCAUGAAGCGGAUGUCAAUUGCGCCUCCUGCACCACCUAUGCCUCACACCCCUCCCACUCCUACAGAGCCUCUUCCCAGUCGACCAUUGUCCACGAACCAGUCCCCAUCAUUUCUCCCAAGGAAAAGCGUCACCCCUUCCUCUACCCGAACAACUCCCGAUCCGAAUCGCAAGUCGUACAGCUCUGGGCUAUCAUUGUCAUCGAACACUAGCUAUAAUUCGGUGCGACACUCGGGAAGUUCACUCCAACCACGCCUUUCUCAGAACUUCUCAUCAUCCCGCUUGCCUACGCCCAAACCGCGCACGGAGCAUACAUCGAAGGAGCCCGGGGAAGAGGUUCCACCAGUCCCGGCAAUCCCCAAGGCAUGGGAAUCUCCCAAAGGUGAGCUGGAUCCGCCUGUUUUCCCUGCGCCAAGGAAGUCAAGCUUGCCUGUCGACAUCAGUCUUCUCAACAUUGCGCGAGAUUCAGACUCAGAUGCCCUUGGCGGCCUCGGUGUCACCAGGGAUGAUAAUGCUGACAUCACCGCUGGUCGCGUUACAAAAACGCCAGAGUCGCGGACGCGGACUUCUACUGUGUUGGGCCGUAAGGGCCUGCAGCCGUUAAAGCUACCACCUUUGAACUUGCUCCCUCUGGGAACUCCAAUGACGACAAAGAUUGAGGCGUUAAAAGACAGAGAAGCGGAAGAAAGAAAGGCUCACACGCCUUCCAACCAGGUCAUGUCAAAAACACCUAGCACACCCAUGACCGCAUCAAAGGCAAACUUCUGGUAUCGUGAUGAGGAUGACAAGGAACCUGCUACUCAGAUCCGGAGCAGCACAUCACAUUUUGCACUCAGUUCCACCUCCACGGCCACGCUGCGCGCGGCCAGCAGCACGAGUGCCUGGGGCUCUCUGGAUACGCCAAACGGCAACCGCAACAUCUCGCCGUAUGCGUCGUACACCCUGCCGAAGUCCAGCUCGGAGUUUAACGCUCUUCGCCAUCAGGCCAGCGGUGAUUACUCCAACCGAGUCUCUCAGUCCUACAAACUCACCGGCCCCCGGCCUCAGACACAGAGCGCCAUCUUCACGCCAGCUGCUGAAAGACUCAGCCAGAUCUCGACGCCAUCUGAGCCUGAAAGCACCACUGCGGUGCCUGUUUCCACCCUGAAAGACCGGUUGAAUGUAGCUCGCAUCCGCAGCAACUCCAAGACGAAGCAUUCCUCUAUAGUUGAUGCCGAUCCAUCCAAGUAUAACAGCAUGCCGCCACCAAAACUUCCUGCUUCUGCAACAUGGAACAGUCUGUCUUCCAUGACAUCCACCAGCCCUGUGACGAAAUCUUCCUAUCUCAAGCCCCGGCGCCAGUCGUCCGUGUCCAGUAUCACGAAACUAUCUGCUCCACGGAAACCCAGUGUCAGCAGUGAUCGGAGCCUUACCCUUGAGCACGCUACUACGAAUGAGCCUACGGGCAGCGAUCAUUCUCAUAAUCGUGCCGCUGGCAACUAUGUAUCCCCUGUUCACAAGAUAAUCAGCACCGCUCGAUCCAGCGCGGCCGCUUCUUCUCGGUCAGCUGACGCCAGUGUUGAUGCGGAUACCGUGAUUGCGGAUGAGGAGAUGAGACGCUUGGGCUCAAAACGGAAGGACUUUGAAACUGCAGCCAAGCAACUGGACGAAUUGCGUCGCAAGGCAGGACCGAAGGAUCGCGUCAGUCCCGCUCAGGCCCUCAAGAUGGCAAACUUGAACAUCUUUGAGCGUGGCGAGAUCAUUGACUACCGCGACAUCUUUUUCUGUGGCACCCAGAACGCGAAAAAGCACAUUGGAGAUUUGCACUCGGGCGCUGCAAACUUUGGCUAUGAUGAUGAUCGUGGAGACUAUAACAUUGUGAUCGGUGACCACCUCGCCUACCGCUACGAGGUUGUGGAUGUUUUGGGCAAGGGAAGCUUCGGGCAGGUCGUGCGAUGUGUUGACCACAAGACUGGUGCUCUGGUCGCAGUUAAGAUCAUUCGCAACAAGAAGCGAUUCCAUCAGCAGGCCCUCAUCGAAGUCAAUCUCCUCAAGAAGCUGAAGGAUUGGGAUUCGGAGCGCCGAUACAGCGUGGUUGCUUUCGACCAAAGCUUCUACUUCCGCGGCCAUCUCUGCAUCUCAACCGAACUUCUGGGCAUGAAUCUCUACGAAUUUAUCAAGGCGCAUGACUUCCGCGGCUUUUCUCUCAAGCUCAUUCGCCGCUUCACUAAGCAGAUGCUCAGCAGUCUGGUGCUUUUGCAUGCCAAGAAGGUCAUUCACUGCGAUCUGAAGCCCGAGAACAUUCUACUCGUUCACCCACUGAACUCCGAGAUCCGAGUGAUCGACUUCGGAUCAAGCUGCUUCGAAAACGAGAAGGUCUAUACCUACAUCCAGAGUCGUUUCUAUCGCUCUCCUGAAGUCAUCCUUGGAAUGUCGUACGGCAUGCCCAUCGACAUGUGGAGUUUGGGGUGUAUCCUGGCCGAAUUGCUCACCGGCUAUCCCAUCUUCCCGGGUGAGAACGAACAGGAGCAACUGGCUUGUAUCAUGGAAGUAUUUGGUCCACCGGAGAAGCAUCUGAUCGAAAAGAGCACUCGCAAGAAGCUGUUUUUCGAUUCCCUCGGAAAACCACGCCUGACCGUUUCCUCCAAAGGUCGUCGCCGCCGUCCGAGCUCCAAGGAGCUUCGGCAGGUCUUGAAGUGUGACGAUGACGCCUUCCUAGACUUCAUCACACGCUGUCUCCGCUGGGACCCUGCUCGUCGGAUGGGCCCCCAUGACGCCCUGAAACACGAGUUCAUCACUGGUGUCAAGUUGGCUACUCGGCCUCGGAUGUAUGCUAGUGCUGCCUCUCCUUCGAAGCGAAGCACUACGACAUCCAACGCGCGCCCCCUUCCCGAGCCCCCUGGCAGUACCGUGAAGAGCGCCCGCACUCGUGAUGUUUCCGGCACUUCCCCGGUUAAGGGCGCCGGCGGAAAACGCCAUUCAACGGUCACAGGCCUGCCGCCGUCCAGCCCCGCCAAGCGAGGGUCUCACACUUCCACUACCUCAGGAACCGGUCUGCCUCGUGCCUCGGCACGCAGCAUCAGUGGAAAGCCAGACCUCGCCACAGCGGCGGCUGCGACCAGCCUGGUGAGUUGA